AGUGGGAUGGAUCCUGACUACUAAAGAGGAAGAGGGAGAGAGAGGGAGACUGAAAAAGAGAGCGAGAGAGCAAGAAAUGGGGGAGUGGUGGGAGAGAGAGAGAGAGAGAGAGAGAGAGAUAGGAAGCGAAAAGGAGAGUGAAAGGCUCCACACGGCAGAAUAUAAAUCUGUAUGUUAACAGGACUAAAGCUGGAGGUCUCGAAACGGCUUUAGUGGUUAUGGUGGUGGGGGUGGCCAUAAAGCAUCAAGAGGUGGUCUUCCCUAUUGACUGAGGAUCUGUGCAAAUAAGGAAGUGGAACCCGUGGAUGCUGUGAACGCCGGUUGUCAAGCACAGUGGUGGGCUGGUCGGAGGUCUCUGACCCCCUCAUUUUCCUUUCUGGAAGAAAAGAGAAGAGCAAAAGAGAAACGAGAGGAAAAAGGAAGGUGGCAGCGAGGGACCAGUGAGCCAUUUCUCUCUUUAUUACCUCCAUUCACAAAACCAUUGCAUCCCAUUAUCAUAGCGAUGUAGAGGCAUUCUCUCUGAUUAGAGGAGGAAGGGUCCCAUUGACUGCUGAGGCUUAGCACCUCUCUCCAAACGCCAGCCCUUUUCAUUGCAGCCCCCCCCCCCAUCUCUCGCCUCUAUCCUUACGUCUGCUAUUUUCACUGUUCUUCUCUCUUUUCUUGUCCCUUGUAUUCUUUUCCCUUUUCACACCACUCAGGAAUCAGGAGGCAUUGCGUUUUGGUAGAAGUGGGUGUUUCUGGAGCUGUCAUUGUGUUUGGUGCCGCUACAAAGGACAGCUGAGCAGGGAGUGAGAGAGACAGCUUUGGAGAUAAUAAAAUAGCAGCCUGAAAGAAAAGGGGGGGGACCUGGGACUACAGGAACAGCUGACAACCACUGGAAGGUGAAUUGUGAUGAAAAGAAAACUGUUACAGAGACUGACAACCAUUUUAAGGUAGCUAUUUAUUGAGACCAUUACCACUUCUUGAGGCAAUAAAGAAGCAGUGUGCCAAACCAACACUGCCGGUUGGGUUCUGCUAUUGCUGUUGCUAAGCAAAAUCUUUAACCUGAAGUUCUUGGGGAGUAUUGAGCAUCACUCUACAGCCAUGAAAGGAAGCUCAGAGGAAAGCAUUGAAAGCAUCAGGCCCUCCAACCUGCAAGCUUUUGCUAACAUAUCCACCCUACAUGGCAUGAGUCACAUAUUCGCCUAUGGGCACAUGACAUUCCGUCGGUUUCUAUGGACUCUUUCCUUCCUUGGCUCACUAGGGUUAUUGAUGCUGGUCUGCAUGGAUCGAGUGUCAUAUUACCUGGAGUAUCCUCACGUCACCAAGCUGGACGAGGUGGCGGCGACUAACCUCACCUUCCCAGCUGUUACUUUCUGUAACCUCAAUGAGUUCCGCUUCUCCAGAAUCACCAGAAAUGACCUCUAUCAUGUGGGAGAGCUCCUGGCCCUCCUGAAUAAUAACUAUCAAAUAGCUAACCCACACUUGGCUGAGCCUGAAGUUCUGGCUGCCCUGAAGGAUAAGGCAAACUUCCAGAACUUCAAGCCCAAACUGUUCAACAUGACUGAUUUCUAUAACCGUACAGGUCAUGACAUCAAUGACAUGCUACUGCAGUGCACCUUUCGAGGAGAGGAUUGCUACCCGGUGAACUUCACCACAAUUUACACACGCUACGGAAAAUGCUACACAUUCAACUCGGGAUUAGACGGCAACCCUUUGUUGACAACGUUAAAAGGUGGCACCGGGAACGGCUUGGAGAUCAUGUUGGAUAUUCAGCAGGAUGAAUACCUGCCUGUUUGGGGAGAGACAGAUGAGACGUCCUAUGAGGCCGGCAUAAAGGUACAGCUUCACACUCAGUCAGAGCCUCCUUUCCUCCAUGAGCUGGGCUUCGGGGUCGCCCCCGGCUUCCAAACGUUUGUUUGCACCCAAGAGCAGAGGCUUCAGUACCUCCCUCCGCCUUGGGGAGAUUGCAAGUCUACUCCUAUAGACUCUGAAUACUUCUCCACAUACAGCAUCACCGCCUGCCGCAUUGACUGUGAAACCCGGUAUCUGCUGGAGAACUGCAACUGCAGGAUGGUCCACAUGCCUGGGACCUCAACAGUUUGCACACCUGAGCAGUACAAAGACUGUGCUGACCCAGCUUUAGACUUUUUGGUAGAGAAAGACAACGAUUUCUGUGUCUGUCAGACCCCCUGCAACAUGACUCGCUAUGGCAAGGAGCUCUCCAUGGUUAAGAUCCCCAGUAAGGCAUCUGCUAAAUAUCUGGCUAAGAAAUUCAACAAAACUGAGCAAUAUAUUGGAGAAAAUAUAUUGGUUUUGGACAUCUUCUUUGAAGCACUGAAUUAUGAAAAGAUCGAGCAAAAGAAGGCCUAUGAAAUUGCAGGGCUUCUCGGUGACAUUGGAGGUCAGAUGGGACUGUUUAUCGGAGCCAGUGUUUUAACAAUACUGGAAAUAUUUGACUACCUAUAUGAGGUGUUUAAGGAUAAGGUUUUGGGUUACUUCAUACGCAAGAAGCGACCACAGCGUUGUCAGAGCGACAAUCUGGAGUUUCCAGAGAACCCAACCAGCCCUGGUGUCACGCCUAAUCAUGCCCCCAGAGCACCUGUGACACCCUCCGGAGUCACUCGGACAGUCUCGGAUUCACGCCGAACAUGUUACCUCGUCACCCGACUCUAGGCAACUUUGAGGAGUUUGCUUGUUGACAACAUAAAGUAGGGGUUGGGGGUGGGGUGGCACAUCUGGGGACUUGACAGCAAACUGUGAAAUAAUGUAUGUAUUUAACAGAAAAUGGUUGAGUGUAUAACUCAAAAACGUAUAGUAGAGUUUAUCAAUGCCUGAAUAGAAAUAGAAUACUAUCAUCAGAAGAAAAAGAGACCACUUCCAAACAGAACUCAGGUUUAACUGCCAUGUCAAGGCAUCAGUGUUAAUUUAUUCAUGUUUCAUUUUGUGGAUUUGUUUUUCUUAUGCAGUCACUUUAGAGUAUACAACCAGUGAUGAUAAAUGUGUCCCAAAAAAGGGUUUUGACCUGUGUUGAGAUGAAUUACAUAGUACUGUUGUGCUAGUUUUGCUGUACAUCAAUCCAAAAAAAAAAGAUUCCUGUGGAUUGGUAUGUGUAGCAUUGCAGUUUCUUAUCAGUGUUACGCCUCCAGCAUCUAACCAAUGCUGUAUCGAGUGACCUUAUACUUGUCACCGGUUUGAACAGGAGAGCCUUUUUAGAAAUCUGCUCGACUUUAAUGAGCUGAUUAUUGGUUAAAACCUGAAUCAAAACACAAGACAAGUGCUUAAUGUUGCCUUUUGCUACUAUGAGGCUUUGAAUUGUCUCAUUAAUUAGACGACUGUGCUUAUUCAAUUUAAAAACAGUAAAGGAACUUGAUUAUUUGUAUACAUACAAGUAUCUAGUUUUGUUCCAUGUGGAUACUAGGACGACAGAAACUACAGAAUUGGAUGUUUUUGUUAACUUUAGUCACUUUUUACAUACAGUAAGGGUGCAAAAAGAGAGCCAGGAGACCAUGUUUAUUGUUUCUUUAUAUCUUUAUAUAGCUGACAUUUCAAUUUUCAUUGUUUUCCCAUUAGUGUUGCUGUGCUGACUGUCACAAAAAUAAAUGCUAGCAUGCAGCUUGCUGUAAAAGUUAGUCCUUAUUUACAUUGAAUUCAUUAGAAGAGAAACAAUCAGGCUUUCCUUUUUGCCCUUUUUAGUAAUUCUCCACAAUGUAUUUUUUAUUACUGUGUCUUAAAGGUGUCCAUCAGCACAAUUCCCUGUGAUAGUAAUCUAUUCUCUAUGGAACCUAAGUAGAGUUUGAAAGGCUUGAUGGUGACAUUCCUAAACUUGACGGAAAUUUGUAAAUACUCACAAUCAAAUGCCAUGAAGAAAUUCUGUCCCACUCAUGUGAGAAAUUGGUCAAAUAUAUAUCUGUAUAUGUACAUAUAUCUAUAUAGAUAUAUAUAGAUAAAAAGUGUUUCUUCAUCUGUUCUUACAGCAGAAGGAAUUUGGACUUUCUAUCUGGGUGGACCGUAAGUGUCUUUGAGUUUCUGGUGAUUAUAACAUGACUGACAACUAAAUAGACUUUAUUAGAUACAAGAGAAUUGCCUCAAAACAUCAAAACCACCGUGCACCUCAGACCCAUUCAGUUCAGUUGAUUUAUAACAGAAAUGCAUUGUACAAUUUUACCAUUGUGCCCUUUUAUUAUUAUCAUUAUCAUUAUUAUUAUUAUUAUUAUUAUUAUUCCAGAAACAUGUAAUAAGUCACAAAUAACAGUUUGUGAUGUAUAAAUGAUCAAGUAUAAUAAACUCUAUAUUUACCCAUCUUACUCACGUACACAACUUUUCUUCUUAUCUUCGUGUGAGUCUACUUCCUCUAUUGGUAAUGUUCACUCCUUGACACUACAGUUAUGGACUUGUAGAUACAUAUCCUCACUAUAAAUACUUUACUGAGAAUUAAGAGGACAGUUUUGUUUUUUAAAUGUGAAACUUACAAGUAUAAUGCCAAUCAAGUAAGUGGUGUUCAUAACACUGUAGCUUUAUUACUCUGUUGUCUGUGUAUUAGAUGACUGUUGAUGUGAAGCACAAACCCUUGGAGAUCAGCCAUCACUUGAAAGCCAAUGACUGGCCGUCUAUGGUUGCGACUACCUUUUAUGACUCUAGUUUUAACUACACACACUGUUACACACGUGGUGUGUUCACUGCUCCAACAUUUACAGGAAUAAGAGAAAUCACCUUGUGAAGAGACUUUAUCCAAAUGGAAAUUUUACCUUUCAGGAAACAAAAAAGGAUGAAUCAGUGGCAUUGUGUCAUGAGCAAUAAGUGCACUGAAUCAUACCACCGUUAUCAAAUUGACAUAAAAAAAAUAUAUUUGAUUUGGGAUCCCCAUUUUCAAUUCAUGACGUAUUCAACAGCUGGAAUGGAUGUAGACUGAACAGCUGCCAGCUGCAACACAGAUGUAUGAUAUGAUGAUUGUAUAUUAUCCAUCAUUAGCCAAAUAAAGGGACACAAAUGCCAAUUCAUGUUACACAAUGAUGCUAUUCUGAUGAUGCUGCAUUGCCAUGAUAAUUUUGAGUGUGUGUGUCAUGUUGUCGGGUUAAAAAGCAUAAAAAUGACCCAGCAUUUACCGCAAACUGUGGAUGAAGGAUUUGUAAAAAUGUCCUGGGUCUUUACCUCUCUCUCCCCACCCCUGCCUUACUACCAGUCAAAGAACAGCAGAGUGUAUGUGAACUGGCAGAAACUAUUACUUAACUGUUUGUGCUCAUUAAAGUCCUCAAUUGAUAUUUACUGCAUAGUUAUGGCCAAGUAGAAAUCAGUAUUCUAUAUAUUUCUGUCACCCAACACCUAAAUUUUAACUAUUUUAUUCUAACAGUUAAUAAUUUAUGUCACAUCACCCAUUUUCUUCUUUGCAUGACCAUUGUGUAUUCCUAUUAUCUCUGGUCUCUUAAUGUAAUCUAAGAGAGCCAUGCUGUUCACUUUGUAAGGUCCAAAAUGUAUUUCUGGAGCCAGAUGAAUCAAAAUAGUGUUCUCCACAUCAUGUGAUACAAUGUCUUGAAUCUUUAUAACAUAAAAAAUCCUUGUCAAACCAGGCUUGGGAUCAUGCAAUACUCAAAAAGAAAGAUAUUAUGCAGAUGUGGAAAAACUGCAAUAUCUUUCUGUCAAUUUUUAUGGAUUAAAUAAACAUAAUGUGGCUUGAAGCGAAACUAAAACGUGCCUUCAAGACUGGUUCUUACAAGUAACAUCAAGAUUUCAUGCGCACAAACAUCUGGGGAACUGAACUUGCUUCAUCUGGCUCUACGUGCGUUAUGUGCAUUUUAUUGUAGAUAUGUGAUUUUAACUCUGAACUGUACAUUAAAUAGUUAAUACACACUUCA